ACGGAUUUCAUUACCUACAUUUUCAACCAUUUAAAGUAUGAAUGAGGAGCAAUAUAUUUUUUUAAAUAUAAACAUAGUAUCAAUUUUAUUUGAAAAAGAGAUGUGAUGAUGAAUAUAAUGUUUUUAUAAAUAGUGCCGUAAAUAUUUUUUAUUAUCAAAAUGUUUUUAUUGUGAGUAAUUUUAUUAAGUUUAAAUUAAAUUUCAAAGAUGGUUAAAAUACAUUUUAACCAAAAACUGUUGCCAAUGAAAUUUAAUUAUUUUUUUUUUUAUGGAUGUAUAGGGCCUAUGUAUGGAUUUUUACCUACAAUAGCGAAACAAUUAGGAUAUUCAAUAACCACAUAUGGUGUUACUAUGACUUUUAUGUCAAUGAUAUCAAUGGUAUUUUCACUUGUGGCUGGUAUAAUCGUCGACAGAUUUCGUGUGAAAAAAACGUUAUUUUUUACCGCAACACUACUGUUAGGCGUGAUUUCAUUUUUCUUCAUGUUUGUUCCAAAAGUUCCUUUAGAGAUAGGCAUGGAUAUGAAAUGUAACUCAGAAAUUAUCUUGAUUGUUCAUGCCGAUAACGUUCAACAAAAUACAUACAACACAACAUUAUUUAAUCAUGAAAAGAAUGAUGAACUAAUCACAUGCAAGUUAAUUUGUCAAAAUACGAUGUUUGGUGACCACCAUCAAAUAAAUAAGUUGAAUAAUCAAUCCCAUUUCAGUGAUUAUUGGAUGACAACCACCAAAUAUAUUAAAAAUAUAAACGAAGAAAUUGGUGUUACAUUAAAAUUGAAAGAUAUGGAACUAACUGAAAAUUCGUAUGUUUUCCAUUUAUCAUCUAUCCAGAUGAACGGUACAGAAAUUCCUCUAACAUGCAAAUAUAAUUUAAACACAUUUUGCCACAUCACUUCAUGUUCUAAUGAAGCUAUAAUUCGCGUUGCCACUAUAACAACGUAUAGAGGAAACGUUCUUUAUCUACAUCAAUUUUGGAUUUUUUUCCUUAUUUUAUCUACGUCAUGUGCUUGUAUAGUUAUAUCAGUAACUUUACAAAGUCCAAUUUGUCUUGAUCUUUUAGAAGAUAAACCUGAGGAUUUUGGAAAACAAAAAUGUUGGUCAUCAUUUGGUUGGGGAUUUUUUUCUAUAUUUAUAGGAUGGCUUGUGGAUUGGUUUAGCAUUAAUAAAAAGGAAAAGGAAUAUUCACCAGUUUUUUAUUCGUGUAUUUUACUCACAAUUUGUAAUUUAUUUGUCAUAAAUAAAAUUAAAGUGGUUGAAACAAAAAAACCCGAAAAACAAUGGAAAAGUAUAUAUGGGCUGUUAUCUAAACAUUAUGUAAUUGCAUUUUAUAUAUGGUCUAUAUUCAAUACUUUUCUCCAUGCAAUUGUUACUCACUUUUUAUUCUGGUAUAUGGAGGAUUUGGUUGUUGUUAACAAUGAUUACAGCCAACGAGCAUGGAUAAAAACACUUCAAGGUUUAGCUCAAGGCAUCCAAUGUUUUGGAGGUGAAAUACCAUUUUAUUUUUGCUCUGGUUGGAUAAUCAGAAAGAUGGGUCACAUUAACUGCAUGGCUUUGGUGCUGGGAUCUAUGGCCAUCAGGUUAUAUCUUUACACCGUCAUAUGGAAUCCAGCUUGGAUCAUUGCAAUAGAGUUAUUGAAUGGCGUGUCUUAUGCAUUGGCGGUAUCUGUAAAAAUGUCCUACGCAAAAAUUAUGUCACCUGAGGACGCCACUUAUACCAUAAUUGGGAUAUUAGCAUUUUUCGAUUGCAUUGGUGAAUCUUUAGCUAGUCUAUUGGGAGGAUUUUUAUUCCAAUCAUACGGUGGAGUGUGGUCGUUUCGAUUUUUUGCCUACAGUUCAGCUUUUAUGUGCUUUUUAAAUAUACUAAGCAAUCGUUUCGGAUUAACAAAAGAUUUGGCAAAUUGUAAUUUUGUCCCAGUGUCUAUGAUAGAAAAUAGCAAAGAUGAUGACGUUGUUAACGAAAACUAAUUUAAUGUUAUUUUGAAUAUAGAAAAUCGUACAAAAAUUGUUAUGUUAGAAUGUUAUAUUAAAAUAAUUUAUACGACCAUAGUUUAUAGCUUAGUGAGAAUAUUUCAAUAUAUCACUAAGUAUAAUUUAAAAUUUCGUUUUCACGAUCUUCCAUUUUUAUAAACAACGAUUUUAUUUUUUAGCACGUAAGAACAAUAAAUGAUCAUAAUAUAAGAUCAAGGUCAAGAUUUAAGUGAAUAUAUCCCUGAAUAUAUUUUAUUUUCAAUCGCUUUCUAAAGAGUAAUAGCAAGCCAUUAUUUGAAAAUAAAAGAUCAAUUAAAGUUUAUGAUAUUCCUGUAAAAUAUACUUUCAAAUCCUUUAGUCAAUUAUUCGUUGGGUAUUUAGGACUUGUGUAUUUUAGUUCAGUUUAAAAAAAUAAUACAUUGUAGUCAAAGUAGUCAAAAAUAUUAUUUCUAAUUGUCUAUUUUUAGAAUAAUUUUAAUUUUAAUGUUUGUAUAUUGUGGAAUUUGUUACUUAAAAAAAAAUAAUAAAUAAUUAGUUUUUAAUUCUAUUUUCCUUUCGACAUACGUAUUUAUAAAAUUGUUUUAUUGAUACUAAGUUAAUAUAAAACUAUUUUCUAUCUCUAUUUCAAUCAUAGCUUUAAAAAGGUAGAUAUAAUCAUUUAAUCUGUAUUUAAGUAAUUGUAUUAUGUACCUUCUUUUUAUUAUUAGAAAUAUAGAAAACAUUUACAAUCUAUAAGUAAUAUAAUAUAAUAAGUAAUAA